AUGCGGUGCGCGAGCAAGGCCGCUGAGAGCGCUUAUGCACGUCACUGUGCAGACGCCGAAGCAGAAACCGCUGCAACUGAUGUGUCAUCGGUUGCUGAAGCGACUCAGCCUGUAUCACCUGGUGAUGCAGGCGCUUGUCAUGAAGACACUCAUGUCUUCACAGAGUAUGAGCUCGGUGUCUCAUACUCUCCUGAUACGGAAGAGGGAUCCGUAUCGACGGCGAUCGAGACCAAGCCGCCUGCCAAGCGUGGCAUGGCUGGUGCUACGCAUCGUAGCAUCUUUGUUUCAUCCGACGAAUCAGAUGAACCAUCGCCGAAGCGAAGGCGCUCGAGGUCGCAAAACUCGGGCGCUCACAUUGGUGUCGGUUCUCCUAUGGACACCACUUCGCAACGAGGUGCCAGUACUUCUGUCGGCACAUCGCAGGAAGAGCGGGACCGCAAUGUGUUGCGUCUCGCUCCUGAGAAGAAAGCAUGGAUGCCUCCCAAAUCCGUCAUGGAUCGCUUUUCGGCGACGACGAGUGAUCGUUAUCGAACACGAUUGUUCGAUUCGUCAAGGAUCCAUCACCUUGACCCCAGUGCGAAAGACUAUCACACUGACAAUGAAUUCUUCAUCGAUGCUUUCUUUAAACAUCGAUGGUAA